AUGUCAUCUGCCCAUCUGACACGCCUCCGUAGAUGGCUCUUGUCGUCUCCCCCAGCGGAGUGGGGUGUGCAGCGAGUUAGAGAGCUGCUGAUCGGAGCCUUGCGACAAGGGCCCAUACCAGGGCACGUUGCCUUUGUCAUGGAUGGAAACCGACGUUACGCGCGAACUCAUCAUAUCGAGACCGUCGAGGGACACCAUCUGGGCUUUGAGGCUCUCGCGCGGAUACUCGAGGUCUGCUACAAGUCCGGAGUCAAAGUUGUCACCAUCUAUGCAUUUAGCAUUGAGAACUUCAAGCGAUCCAAGUAUGAAGUCGACGCUCUCAUGGACAUGGCCAAGGUCAAGCUGAACCAACUGGCUCAACACGGCGAGCUCCUGCAACGCUAUGGUGCUCGUAUCCAGAUCCUGGGUCAAAGAGAGCUUGUACGGCCCGAUGUCCUCGAAUCAAUAGACGAAGCCGUCCGCUUGACCAGCAACAACACCCAAGCAGUGCUCAACGUCUGCUUCCCGUAUACCUCACGCCACGAGAUGACACACGCCAUCCGCGAGACCGUCCGCGAAUACUCCACUCCUCUGCCUACUGUCAACAAGCGGCCCUUCUCCGAGUCACACAUCGCUCGUCACCUCCGAACCAGUCAGUUGAGCCAGGUGCAGGAAGAGUCCUCGCUCGACGAAGACAACGCCGAAGAGACGGACGAUUCGAGUGUCAGUGCGGCUUCCACCGACGACCAGACUCCGUCCUCACGCACCUCCGCCUCUGCACACUCUCCAGCAUUCAAACCGACAAAACCUCAGACCGUCUUUCCAGAUCCUGAAACUAUCACUGCCGACACCAUCAACGCGCACACCUUUACCCAUGAUGCGCCUCCUUGCGACCUUCUAGUCCGCACGUCUGGCGUCCAGCGACUAAGCGACUUCAUGAUGUGGCAGUGUCAUGAACAUACUAGUAUCGUCUUUCUAGACUGUCUGUGGCCUGACUUCGACCUUUGGCAGUUCCUUCCCGUGCUGGUUGAGUGGCAGUGGAAACAACGUAAACUGAACGACGCCCAAACCAUCUCACGCCCGUCACGAUCUCUGAAAGCCUGUUAA